GACCUCCUCUUCCCAUCCUGGUUCCUCUUUCUUCUACAACAAACAGCCCCAGAUCCCAAUACCUCUCUCGACGAUCUGGAAAUACUUGUUCGUCCACGUCCUAUCCGACUCUUCUUUUACCCUUUUACCCUUUUACAACUUGAAACUUUGGAUCCCUCUACAAUACUGCACCUUGCUUUCUACUGAUUACUUGCAAUAUUCAACUAUUUACUUGCUUUGAGUCGCAUAGACUUCUUCGACUUCCGCGACUACACUACUUCACCUUUUACUUUUCAGAUUUUGCAACCCUUCACACUUUGUCUUUACAGCAGAACUCUACCAUCUUUAUCCUCAAUCCAAGCUCUCAAGCUGCUGUUUAACAAAGAACCUAUUAUUCAAGAUAGAAUUACUCAUGAUCUACUAAAUCCACCAGGACUACGGAAUCAUGGAUGUACCUUUGUCCUCUCGGAAUGGAGACGAUUCCUCUAGGCUCGAUCAUAUUGGCCAACAAUCUUCUUAUGCCACCCCUCCAAAGUUUGGUCUCACUUCACACACACAACGUAUCUUAAGCCAUGCUAAACAUCAGCAAGCAAAUGCAGAGUAUGCAGGAUAUCCAGAACUGGUCACAAAGUUGCAAAUUCGCAUUGCUGUUCUCGAAAACGACCUCGCCCAUGCUACAAAAGAUAAAGAUGAAGCUAUCAAGAGCUCCAUCAUCAUCGCGAGAGCAUUGGGUAAUGUUGCCAAUGAUCCGGAGUUAAUUGCGAGAAAGCUACAAAAUCCUGAUGCCAAAGAGCUGGAGGAGUUGAGAGUCGCAGUGCCAAGAUUAAGAAGAGAAAAUGCUAUUCUUUGGGAACGCAUUGAGUCUCGACAGAGUGAUCACAUGGAAAUCAACGGAAGCUUCACCAAUGCUGAUUUUAAAGGCAAGAACGUUGACCGAUUUUCCUCGGAUGAACCCGACUACCAUGACCCAUUCAGACCACGCACAAGACAUCCCGUCAUCGAUGCGGCCAUAAAGAAGAUCAGCGCGCGGGAAGAGUCCAGAUACUCUCAUCACCCAGUCGACUUCAACGAAACAACCCAUAUUCCCAACACAGUCAAUCUUGAGCGAGGUGAAGAUGGUAGCUUAUCGGUUCCGCCCAACUUUCCCAUUCUCCCAAAGAAAAGAACCAUCCACGAUUACAACACCUCCACGCUCGAUGACGUUCUUGCCUCUGAUGAUGAAGAUGAGAAUCCGGUAAUGAAAAUCGAAGAUCAGCUUCUCUUGCAGCAACAGGCUCACGCAAAUUUCAUCAAUGUUCCUACACCUGCUGUUCUCAAAGCCGGUUUUGAGUUAUCUUCAGCAAAGGCUGUGAGGGGUCAUGAUUAUGCCAAUCAAAUUCAGGCUAAUCGCAAUGCCUACUAUGAUAGGUUCAAUACACGCAAUUCCCAUGCUUCAACUCGUUUCCGAUCCCCCGAACUUCCCGAUUUGACGCCAGGAACCACUGUCUGGACAACACCUCAGCAGAGAGAUGGUGAGAUCAUGACUCACAUGGGCGAUUGUGAUCCAAAAAAUCGCAGCAUCCCGGACUAUUUCAGAUACGGAAUCCUUUAUGUUCCUGGGUAUGAAGAUCAUGAUAUUUUGAGGAGUGUCCAUAUUGGGGGUAUUCCGGAGGAUAUGGACCUGAGGGAUGUUCUUGCUAGGGUUAGGGGUGGUAGGAUCUAUUCGGCGGUUCUAUUAAACACAAUGAAGUUGACGGGUAGUAAGUCGGCGUUGGUUACGUUUAUCAAUCAGGAGGACGCCAAAGCUUAUGUUGAGUAUGCGAAUGCUCAUCCUAUUACGCUCAGAGCAACAGAUUCGGAUGCUAAAAAUGUGGCCAAGGCAAUUGUCACACUUAUUCAUACCCCCACAUACCCUUUCUCUCCAGGAAAACUUAAGACGAUCUUUGAGUUCAACCGUACUCGCGUCCUCACGGUACCCAACUUUCCUCCAAACAUUUCUCUUCGAACUCUCGUGUAUGAUCUGAAAAAUAGAAAUGAGUUUAGGGCUAAUAGUUUGCUCGAAUGGUACAUCGAUGAUGAAGGAACUCUCAGAAUGGAAUUUUCCAGUAUGGAUGAAGCUCGGAGUGCUUUUGGUCUUUUAACCAAGUCGAGUGGUUACAGAGAGUUUGUAUUGUUUUUGCAAUUCGAGAAGGAUAAUUGUGAAGGAGACUUGCAGGAAUUGGAGAGAGAACCUGAAAAGAGAAGACCCAUGUUUCCUCAAACAGAACUAGGAGUUAGGAUCGACAGACGUGGAAGUGAAGUUGAGGGAAUGGGCGAUGGUUCGAAAGUGGAUGGAGUUGUUGAUUCGGUUUUGGUGGUGCAGAGAAAGAGAUUGGCGGCAUUGCAGAGACAGCAUGAUCUUAUUCCUAGUUUGAGAGGUUCUGCUUUGAAGGCAGGCUCAUGGGCUGACGAGGUCGAGGAGGAAUUGGGAGAUAGUACAUCUAUUCAAGAUUUUGGCCGUCAAGAUGAACCAACCGGUACUAUCAGACAUCGACCACAACGAGCAGAUUUCAGUACUGAAUCCACACCAACCCUCAUCGGAGCAUCAUCUGACGCCCCAAACAAAGAUGACGACCCUUCUUUCGUUACACCAAAACGCGCACCUCGCAUUAUUAGUGGAAAACAAUGGCUUCUUGAGGUUGCUACUGCUGAAGCUUCUUCUCAGAAUCCAUCUACAUCUACAAUCUCUAACGCAUCGGCACCAACCCCUGUUACACCCACUUCUAACAAUUCUACACCUCGACCCCGUCUCAUUGUCUCAACCACAUCUCUUCCUAAAUCCAUCACCACAAAAUCCUCUUCUCCAAGCUCCGCAGAAUACAGCAUUCAUUCUUUCGCUUCCUCCGCCAUUUCCACUACCAAUGGUGAGAAUACUUCUCUUCCGUUUUCUCAUCUCCAAAAACAAACUCAAGCUCUCCAAAACAAGUCUAGACCUUCAGUUCAAUUCAGCGGUCCCCGCAUCUCCGCCUUUCAACCUGUUCAGUCUGGAGAAUCUCACACCAGUUUUCCGAUCGAACCAGCUGCAUCAACAUCAACCCUACCAAGCGAAAAUCUUCAAGCCCUCCAAACUUUCAAAUCUACAGUUGAAAAUGCAGACACAAAGGUUUACUUCGAUCUCAAUCCUGGAGCUGAUACCGAGAAGGCAAUUCUGGAAAGUGAGGUUGAGAGUGAUUAUGACGUACGUGGAAGUUUGAAUGGAGGAGAGGUUUUGAGGGAGGAAAAGGGAAAGGGAAAGGAAAAUGCAGUCAAGAUCAAUCCGGACGAAAUUGAUCUUGAUGGAGAAUCUGAUACAGAGGAAGAUGAGAAUGAGGGACUGUUUCAAAAGGGAUUGAGUCCCCAAGAUAAAACCCAGAAAUAAUAUCAAGACAGAGACGCAAAUACGAUAUCUAUACUCAUUCAACUGAUAUCGAUGGGAAAAUCAUGGGUUUUACUGCUAUUUUUGCUUCUGGAUCAAAGACUUACAAUGGGAAUGGAGUUACGGGCUGAACUUUCAAUGCUGGUGCUACUAUUAAUACCAAGGGUUUACAAAACUUGAUGGGAGGGUGUUUUCUAUUUCUGCGAUGGGAUAAUCUAUUUCACAAAUGUUUGCUGGGAUAGGUGUUGCACGCGCUGCGUUUAAAUAAUUCUGCAUUGAAAGCGUGAAGCUCUUCUGGAUUCUAAGAUCUCUUUAUUUCUUUUACCUUUUUUUUUCAUUCCGGGUUAUCGAGGGAGAUUUGAGUGAGUAGCUUAAUUCACCGAUCUAUCUAUCUAUCUUUCCCACAUAGACAAAUAGAUAGAUUGGUUACAUUCAUACAUCUCUACCUCCAUCUCGAAUCACCCAGCAGAUAGCAAGAAGAAAAAUCAAAGCAAAGCAAAGCAAAAUACACAUACUCCAAUCUUUCGAGAUAGAAACCAAACCAUCAAACGCGGAAUUCACAUGAGUCCAUGCACACACAGACGCCGUUAGCGAGAGCAAUUUCCCAAGCGAACGAGUUAUUCCGAGGUCAGAUGGAGCUUUCCAUAUCUAUCUAGAUAGCUUUCUUAGGUUAAUUAAUAUUUACUUGCCCUGACUGGUAUUA